AUGUUCGUCACCGUAGCUUCAUCCCGGGCAUCAUUCCGGCAAGGAUCCGGCGAAGCGCCGCCGCAGGAGCCAUCUCCACCGCCGAGUCGCUUCUGUUCUGCUGGAGCCGAGCGCGGGAGUGCUGUUUCUCUCCUCUCCCCGAGCAUUCAGCCGCCACCACUCCCCGUCUCCCCGAGCCCCCGUUCAGAACUCCAGAUCUCGUCCGCCUCCCACCCCGCCGCUUCCCACCCCGCCCAACCCCUCCCGGCCGCCGCAGCCCGCACUCCCUCCCUCCUCCGCCUCCCAGAUCUACGCGUACCAGGGAGCUCGCGCCGUCGCAGCAAACCCUCCGCCGCCGCCGCCACUGCGGCUGUCGACCACGAAUCCUUCGCGGUCACCAUGCCCGCCGACCUCCUCGCAGCGGCCGACUGCGGUGGCGUCCACGGGCACUCCCUCUUCUUCGACGCCCUCGUGCAGCUCAUCCCGCCGCGCUUCUACCUCCCGACCGGCGAUGAGGACUGCCCCUGGUACCAGGGCCUCUCCAAGGCCGCCAAGGCGGCCAUGAAGGCCCAAUCCCGCGCUAACAUCAAGGCCGCCCGCCGCGCCCGCCUCGACCCCUCCGCGCUGCCCUCCUCCACCCUCGACCUCCUCAAGAAGUCCGUCGCCGAAAAGGGGGCGGAGGACGAGGAGAAGUCAGAAGAAGGAAGCGAUGAAUCUGGGGACGAGGCAAGCUCCGAGGAAGACGAUGCUAAGGAUGAGGAAGACGGGGAUGAGGAGGAGAUGCCGGUCGCACCGGCGGCAGUGGUGUCCGAGGACCGGUCGGUGACUUACGAGGAGCUGCGGGAACGGCUUCACCGUCGCAUCGCGGAACUCCGUGGGAAUCGGUGCACAAGGCCUGAGUUUUUGAAUAAGCCCAAGAAGGAGAAGGGCAAGAAAGCAAAGGGGAAGAAUGCAAAGGGUAAGGAUGAGAGCAAGAAGCGGAAGCGUGAGGAUGGCACUGAAGAUGCGGAUGGCAAGGAUGGGAAGAAGGUCAAGAAGGGGGCUGAAGAGAAAGCGCCAGAUAUCAUGUAUGCGAACGUGUUUGUUGACCCGAAGGAAGCAAGGAGGAGGAAGAAGAGGAGGGUUAAGAACAAGAAGAAGGAGCUGGAGGAGGCUAAGCGGUUGCAGGAGGCGAAGCAGGAUCCUGAGAAGGCGAACAAAAUCGCGUGGGAUUUGGCAAGAAGACGGGCUGCUGGGGAGAAGGUGCAUGAUGACCCAAAGUUGAUUAGGGAGAGCAUGAAGAAAGAGGAAAAGCGGCAGCAGAAGCAUGCCUUGCAAUGGAAGGAGAGGCAGAAGACUGUGGACAAGCAGAAGAAGACGAAGCAGAAGAGAAGGACGGAGAAUAUCCGGGAGCGGGCACACCAGAAGAAGAUGCGCAAGAUAGAGAAGCGCGAGAAGAAGCUUAUGCGCCCUGGGUUUGAGGGACGCAAGGAUGGUUAUGUUAACGAGUAACAUCUAGUCGAAGAUUGUCAGGAAAGAGUGUUACAGUAUCUCCUUUGUUUUGCAUUACUGCAUGUGCUGAUAUGGUACUUGUAAUAGGUUACAAUUCAUGGCUGCUAAAGCGUAUCUUUCUGAAUUGCCCAAGUGCAAUAUGCAGAAGUGUAUCUUUCUGAAUUUUUGUUUUCAUUGCACUGCUCUGCAUGUUUAAUUUAUUUACCUGAAAAUUCAAUA